AUGACAUGUCUGUUUGGACUCAGCCCUCCAGUGGGGUCUCCAAGGGCAGAGGCUGUCUCCUCCCUUCACACUGUCUGCCCCGGCGCCCAGCCCAGACCUGGGCCUGACCUCGUCCCUCCUCCCUCUCUCUGUCUCGGCCUCAGGGCACCUCUAGGGCCUGCACUUCUCACCAGGAUGAACCUACUGGUUUCUUGGCAGCUGACGCUUUUCCUCUGUGCCAUCUCCUUCAGGGACACCUUAGAGAAGGUGGCGCCCGUGGAGAACCCUAGAGCCACAGACCAGCAGCUCGGCCCCCUGUCUCUGGGGGUCGCCAGGGAGCAGAGCGGGCGGUGCGCAGCCCCUGCGAGCGCGGAGGGGUCCAGGCCAGCCCUGGGCCAGCCGAGCAGCCACCGGAUCCCUCCCCCGCCGCCGGGAAAGGCGCUGGUGCGGCGGGAGAAGGGCCUGUCUGCCUUCAACUGGAACUCCUUUGGCCUGCGCUAUGGCCGGCGGCAGGCAGGUGGGCCGCGCCGCCGGGCGGCGCCCAGGGACCAGGGACAUCCAGCCGCGGACUGA